AUGGUUUUGAAACCUGGAAUGACAGCAUAUGAUUUGUGGAAAGGUCUUGAAGAUCUCUUCCGAGACAACAAAGACUCCCAUGCAAUGCAACUCGACCAAGACCUCCGGUCAAUCGAGAUCAGAAACAUGUCCAUUCACGACUAUUGCCACAAAAUCAAAGUAUUGUCUGACCUUCUUGCCAACAUUGAUCAGCCCGUGCCCGAGAAGAAUCUAGUCAUUUACAUGAUUAAUGGCCUUGGAGAUAAGUUCGACAAUGUCUCAAGCAUCAUUCGUCAUCAACGACCCAUUCCGUCUUUCCAACAAGCUCGCUCCAUGCUAAUGGUUGAAGAAACACGCCUCCUGCAUCCCCGUUCAUCUACAGCAACCCAUCGUGAUCAUAGCUCCUCACCGGCUUCUCUUUUUACUGGAAUUGAUGCUCAAAAUCCGUCACAUCAGCCUCGUCUUGGAGACCAAGACCGGCGGCAAAACGAUGGUGGUGACCGGCGACAACACUUCGACCGCCGACAACAAAAUAAUCGUCGGCGUGGCAGCGAUAAGCGACAGCAAGAUCGUCGCUCCAACUCAGGUGGGAAUUCUGCGUGGGGCUCCUGGAACACGUAUUAUCCCCCUCCUUGGGCUGCCCUAAAUUGGUAA